AUGAUUGGAGAUGGGACUGAACCGCCUAAAGAGGUCCACGUGAGAACUGAACCAGGAACCCCAAAAGAAGUGACUGAACCACUAGUAGUACCAAGAGUGUAUGAGCCAAAGAUCCCAUACCGAAAUGUUCUUGCUCAACCAAAGAAGGAGAAGGAGCAAGAAAAGCUUAAAGAUCUUGUUAGCCAACUUUCAGUCCGGCUACCAUUCAGAAAUGCUUGCCAAAUCAUUCCAUCUUUGAGGAAGUACAUGAAGGCUAUACUAGAAGGGCUGGAUGAACUUCUUCAUGACCCAUUGGAGCUAGCCCUAAUGAUGGGUGAAGAUGAAUUUGGAUACAUGGAGAGAGAAGCACAAGGGUUGGUUAAAUUUAUGGAUUCUAUGGAAGCCUACAAGGAGCUGGUAGCUUUUCUGGAUCUGGAGAAAGAAGAGGAGACGCUAGACCACCACAAACCCAUAUCCAAACUAAAAACCAAAGUGAAGUUUGACCCAUGGUGCCCACUGAGAGCUCCAAAGACCAAACUCAAACAACUUCCAGUUGGUUUAAGAGAAAGCAUAGAAAGGAGAGACUCCGGCCACCGUCGGGAGAGAAGGAGAGAAGAUGUCUAG